UAAUAGUCCAUUUUUUUAACAAAACUGUAUCAUUGAUUUUCAGAUAUAAAUUUCCUUAAACGCUGCAGUCCUUUUGUAUCCAUUUUGUAUGAAGUUUAAUUCUUCGAUGUGUCCCCUGCUAAGCCUACCCCCAUCAGCAAAGUUCCACACUCCAGGAUUAAGCGCCACUUUGCACCAGACUACCAAGUGGCUCCACAUGACACAAGAAACUCAUGACCAUCUUGCCAUAGCAUUUGGUUGUAACUUUUGUUUUUCUAAAUCUUUAUGAAAUUGAUAGGUUUGACUUGAAGUUGUGAAGAGUUUUAUUUCUAUUUAAGGCUAUAGUCAAGUUCUGUUCUGGUUAUUAGGAUACAUUUAUUUGCAUUAUCAAGAAUAUAACGACUGAAAAUUGCAUUAAAUAUAUCUCUAACUUCUACUAUAAUGGCUCUUGUCAAAGCCAGUUCUAUCUUGUUUCCUAAUCUUCCAGCUCUGAAGAACUUGAGAACUAAUUCACGAGUUCUCAGUCAUGCACUCUCUAUCACUACAAGUUGUAGUAACAACAGCAAUAAUAUUGAAAGUAGAGUCACUAAUAAAGUUGUCUUCAUUUCCCAAUCAACGGAUGUUUUCUCAAACCUGGCACUUGAGGCUUGGCUAUACAAUCACUGGAAAUUUGAUAAUAAAAGAUUGCUGCUGCUGUACCGCAACUCACCCUGUGUUGUGAUUGGCCGACAUCAAAAUGCCUUCAUGGAAGCUAACUUGCAUUACCUGGAGAGUGCCAAAGUUCCUGUUGUGCGACGGCACAGUGGUGGGGGCACUGUCUAUCAUGAUAUUGGCAACCUCAACUGCUCAUUUUUUACAGAUCGCAAGAGCUACAACCGGCGCUACAAUUUGGACCUGAUUUGUAGAAUCUUGCAAACGCAGUUUGGCUUGCCAGUGACUGUCAACUCGAGGGAUGACAUCAUGUUGGCUGAGAAAUUUAAGGUGUCAGGGUCAGCUGCCAAGCUUGGCAGGUGCACUUCAUAUCACCACUGCACUCUGCUGGUGGACACUGACCGACUGCAGCUCAGCCUUGCUCUCAAGGGUGACAAGGAUAUUAAAACUACAGCGACUUCGAGCGUGCCAUGUGCUGUAGGCAACCUCAGUGAUGGUGGGCAGAAAGGCGUGUUGACGGUGGAAAAAAUGAUGGACAGCCUUGCUUGGGGCUUCCUGGACGCCCCCCUACCUGGGGAGGAGGAAUACUCACGACGAGCUUCCAGUGGCGUCACGCUCGUCAAUCCCCAGGAUGACUGGUUCCCAGGUCUGGGCGAUCUGCGAGCCGAGCUGCUAUCUUGGGAUUGGUUGUAUGGUAAAAAUCCACGCUUCAGCAAAACCCUGGAGCUUCCAGUGCCAGAAUAUUUGACUUCAUGCAGGUCACGGGUGCUUGUGACGGUGAAGUGCCAGCGCGGCGUUAUUGAAGAAAUUGUUGUGGAAGGCCUCCAGGAUAUUCAUGAAGAUGUUCAGAAGGAGCUGAAGAAUUUUUACGAACAUGAUCUGCUGAACCUGGUGAGAGACACUCCGUACUGCAGCGAGCUGUCAUCUGUGCUCACCAACCUCGUGCAUACAUGGCGUGCCCCUGACAACGCGGGGCAACCUCUGCAGCUCUGAUGCUUUGCGACCCAUGCAGCUCUGAUGCAGCGCAACCUCUGCAGCUCAGACGCUUUGCGACCCAUGCAGCUCGAUCUGAUGCAGCGCAACCUUUGCAGCUGACGCGGCGCAACAUCGGCAGCUGAUGCAAUGCAACGCAACAUCUGCAGCUCUGACUCGACACAAUUUCUGAAGCGACGCAGCCUCUGCAGCUCGACGAAACGCAGGCUCUGGAGCUCAGAUGCGGCGCAACCCCUGCAGCUCUGAAUUGUUGUAUAUCCAACAGUUCUGAACGCGUUGUCUUUUGCAAAACUCAAAUUACUCCCUCUCCCUACUUAUCCAUGGUCAUUGGUCGAGUGAUCACUUGAGUAACACUUGUAAACUGCUUCGUGUCAAGAGGAUCUUACUUGAGUCUAAUUAGUUUUAAAUUUGCAUAAUUUGUUGUUUGUUUUAAGGCUUGAUAAUUUGUUGUCUUCCAGAAUGGUGCUCUGAAUAAAAAAUAAUUAUAUACUUUACAAUUCAAUUUGUGAGGUUAUUAGUUUAUGCUACGGUUAAGGAUCAGCUGUUGCAACCAGUUACAAUUAAUUAUAAUCUAAUUCUAUAAUGCACAUUAAUCUACGUUUUGCUUCAUUUAUUCAAUGGCAAGGGAUGGUUUACGUGAGUUUUGCCUCACCAUUUUGAAUGAUAUUUAUUCGCCCCCUUGCUCAUGAUUCACUCAGGCAACUUGUGCGGGGUUUUUGGUUUCGUGUGGUAUUUUAUCAAUGCUGGAGCAGGUGUUUUUUGGGUUUAAACUCUAAGCUGUCUGUUAUCUCUUUCGUCUACACUUCAUUCGUAAUUAUUCUUUUUAUUCUGUUCGCAUGUUUCCAUUCUAUUUGGAUACUGACAAUUUUUCCCAUCCAGGGCAGGCUAUUUCCUUAUUGCUGCCAGUCCAAGCUGGGAUACAACGUUUCAUCCUUCACCUUUCAUUAUCCCGCGUUAACUAAGGAAAUUUGUAACACGGCCAAGUAUUAAACUUAGACACGCCCCCCUCCGUAUCUUUCAUUAGUAGUGGUUAAUACAUGGAUGGCGUUCAGAAAAAAUUGAGCAGAUCGGAGCUCAUGAGCGUCAAGUGAGUUAUUCUGAAAAAACCCUAUGUUGAUUAAGAGUUAUGCAAUUGAAGUGCCAAUACACGUUACUUUUUUAUUUUUGAAGUUUUCAAUAGUCUACUGAUAUGCUAAGUGUAAUAUAAGGCCCAAGAGGGUGCCUUGAUUUAUAAGUGCGUGCCAUUAAUCGUUAUUACAUUUUUUGGAGAA